GCUUACAACUUCCGGAGCUAUUUUGGAUGUCGAUGGUAGCAGUAAUAAUAAAUAUUAAAAAAAAUUCGUAGUGUUGAAUUCUUGAUUUAUUUUUUUUAUUUGCCUAGCAGAAAGAUGUCGAUAUGGGACAAUUUAGAGUGGACCUAUGCUGGUGUAAAUCAUAGCCUACCUGGAAAUGGGGGUAUUGAUUGCAUUAACUUUAUCCCUUAUUGGCAAAAGAUAGUUGAAACAAGUUUUGUUACAAUGCUUGGUUUAUGUGAGAUGUUUUACGCCUAUACCCAUAUGACAUUGCCUAAGCAUAUCCCACCAGUUACAAAGCCUGACUCUGCAGCAAAGAGGCUGAUGUUGGUAUUAAUGUGCGUUGUUUUCGGUAUUGAAUUGGGCUUUAAAUUUGCAACAAGACAAAUGCUAUGGAUUUUGAACCCAUGUCAUUUAAUAACUAUGUCUCAAAUAUGGCUUCUAGCCGCCCCUCAAAAUAAGAUAUCAAUGGCUAUAUUCCGAUUACAAAUGCACGGUUUGAGUGGAGCCACAAUUGCAAUGUUUUUUCCAGUUAUAAACACAAGAUUGUUACCGUUUGAAACUGAAGUAUACUAUAUUCAGCAUGGAUUAAUGCUGCUCAUACCGUUUUAUCUUAUGAGAACAGGAGGUAUUUACGUUCCUGAGGCCACUUUGGAUUUCUCUUGGGCUUUUGCGACCAAAAGUUUUUUGUAUCUAUUUCAUUGGCUUAUUAUGCAGCCGUUGGCUAUCCUGUCACAUGUCAAUCUGAAUAAUUUAAUGUGUCCAGCUGUUAGCGAUCCAUUCUAUGGUCGAGGUUAUAGAAUGUGCGCUGUAGCCCACCAGACGGUAGUCGUUCUAUUGCACGGAAAAAUAUACACAUUUAUCGCUAAAAAGUUACUACCGCCAGCGGCUUGGCAGGUUAACGUUGAUGCUCAUAACGGUUUACACAAGGAAGAGAAGAAUGAAAAAAGUAACUAAAGUUAGUUAUUUAAAACACAAAAAAGCGGCAAUUGUAAAUGGGUUGUUGGAACAAUAGCUAAUGUAAAUAAUUAAUCAUUUUUGGUUGAUGUUCCGUAUUUCAUUAGC